AUGCAGCGUUUGUUACCGAAAUUCGCGACGAUUUCUCGACAAUGUUCCGUGGCGAAGUUGUCGAAACCCCUGACGGUGAACGAGAGUCAAAAAUGUCUGGAUCUGAACGCGGCUGACAUACUCUCUGCGCCCAUUGGUCAGUCUCAAGCAGCGGCGGUGAUGAAUGAAUCGUUAACUCGAACAAAUACGAUACCACUGUUGGAUCAUGCUCCGGAAGUGUCGACCUCGUUCGACGUCACGCCGAAAAUCGAGCCGCAGAUCAUCGGAGACAAGUCCGCCCCUUUCGAGGAGAUUCCAGGACCCGCUGUGUUGAAAAUCUGGGAGAAGUAUUGGAAAUACGUGCCGCUGCUCGGUACGCAACUGUUUUCCAGUCUGCUAAUCAACAGAUUCACCCAGGGACGACUCUCGUGGAACCGCAACGUCACUCCUUUGAAGUACUUGUUCAACGAGUACGGGUGCAUCGUGAGAAUCAAUGGACCACUUUCUGGAGACAUUGUCAUGAUUCAUAGACCAGAACAUAUAGCGGAGGUCUUCAAACAAGAAGGUGACACACCGGUUCGAAGCGGAAUCGACAUUUUACAGCAUUACCGUCUGCACUAUCGCAAAUAUCGACUCGCGGGCCCAUUCUCGCUGCAAGGCUCCGAGUGGCUCGAGAUGAGGGAGAAGGUAGAGCAAGACUUCGAUCAGAUGGCCUCCACGUUCUUCGAGAGAAUCGACACCGUCUGUGACGAGCUGAUCAACAGGAUAUACAAAAUCAGGAACAGGCAAAAUGAAGUGCCUCCCACAUUUCACGAAGACAUCCUCCGCUGGGGCAUGGAGUGCUUCUGCAGUCUCACAUUCAACAAGCACCUGGGUUUCCUAGAACCAGCGGGCUACAACUCCACGUCAGAGACGUCGAGGAUCAUCAAUGCACUGUCGGUCGCCCACAAAUACAUGAGUCGCUGCGAAACGGGCUUCCAAGUGUGGCGAUUCUUCUUGACUCCCUUCGCACGGAAGCUGUUUGACGCCUGUGACGUGCUCGAUGGUGUCAUAGCAAAGCACGUCCGUCAGGCGCAGAACAAGCUCCGAACCCGAGCCCAAAGUGGCAAGACCGAAGAGGGUGCGCCCAUUUUGGAAAAGUUCCUCUUGAACGAAGGCAUACAUCCGGACGACGUCUGUACGUUGCUGAUGGACAUGAUGAUUCUGGGUGUACAAGCGACAGUGAACUCUGAAGCAUUCUUGCUGUAUUACUUAGCGAGGAACCCGCGGAGUCAGAGGAAGCUGUACGAAGAGAUCGUGUCAGUUUUACCAAGCGAUUCGUCUUUCACGGAGAAAACGCUGAGAAGUAUGCCGUACUUGAGAGCUUGUCUUCAAGAGAGCUUAAGGUUGCGUCCAGCGGUUCCUUACAUCACCAGGCUGUUACCUAAAACGAUAUCGAUACAUGGGUACACGGUACCUAAAGGAACCUUCGUCAUAAUGGCGAACGAGAUCACCUCGAAGCGAGAGGAGAACUUUGAGGACCCAGAAAAGUUCCGUCCAGAAAGAUGGCUGAAUUCCACAGAAGACACGAAUUACAGCUACUUGCCUUUCGGUUACGGUGCGAGAUCAUGUUUAGGGAAAAAUAUGGCCGAAGUGACGAUGAUGCUAUUAACAGCAAGGCUCAUACGGCAAUUCCGAAUCGAAUACGACUACGCCGACAUUAAAAGCAGAUUCCAAAUGGUGAACGUGCCCAAUAAACCGCUUCGUUUCCGCUUCGUCGACAGGGAUUAAACGACCAUCGCUAAUCGAUGGAAAACUGUAUGGACCAUAUUUGAAAUGGUUCGAAUUAAGCGGAGUUUCUGUAAACAGUGUUACUGAGUUAUUGUAUCAAAG